UUCUGUGAGAACGCGGCUGGCCGGGGCUGUAAGCGGUGCUGCUGUCAGCGAAAGCCGCCCCGCGAGGCGGUGAGUGGCGCUGUGGGGCCCUGGGGGCCCCGUGGGCACUCUCACGCUGCUGGGGUAACCCUGCCUGCCCCGCUCAGGGCCGGCCUCCCGGCCUUUGUAAGCCCGUGCCUCAAAGCUGGGCAGGCAUAUACUUACUGAAGAAUGCCCUGUGAGUGCUGCGUUGUCGGGCAGCGGAUUCUGUGUUUGUGAAAUGGUUUUGCUUGGCAGAUUUGAUGAAAAGGAGAACGUAUCAAACUGUAUCCAACUGAAGACUUCAGUUAUUAAAGGUAUUAAGAACCAACUGAUAGACCAAUUUCCUGUUAUUGAACCAUGGCUAAACCAAAUUAUGCCAAAGAAAGACCCUGUCAAAAUAGUAAGAUGUCAUGAACAUAUAGAAAUCCUCACUGUGAAUGGAGAAUUGCUGUUCUUCAGACAAAGAGAAGGGAUUUUUUACCCAACGCUAAGGUUACUUCACAAGUAUCCAUUUAUUCUACCACAUCAGCAGGUUGAUAAAGGAGCCAUUAAAUUUGUACUAAGUGGAGCUAAUAUAAUGUGUCCUGGCCUGACAUCUCCUGGAGCAAAACUUUACCCUGCUGCUGCUGACACUGUUGUUGCAAUAAUGGCAGAGGGAAAACAACAUGCAUUAUGCGUGGGAGUCAUGAAGAUGUCAGCUGAUGACAUUGAGAAGGUCAACAAAGGGAUUGGUAUUGAAAAUAUCCACUAUUUAAAUGAUGGUCUUUGGCAUAUGAAGACAUACAAGUGAAACAAAAGGAACUGUGUUACUCCAAGGGAAUGCACUUAGAUUAAAUGUGGACUGCUUUGUAAUUCCUCGUUUUUAAUGUGACUGAAUGUACAAAUUAUUUUGUUCUGUGGCAAUGCUAAAUAAAACAAGUGAAUGCAAAAGUACUGAUAGGCUAC